UCAAAAUUCAGUUUUUCUAAGUUAGUUACUAAUGACAAUUCAAAUUCUCAACACCCGCCUUUGAACUUUUUCAUUGCACAAAUGAAUAAUGACUUAUCUACAACAACCAAUUCAAGAAAUUGAAAUAGUUCCAGAAGUUUCACCAGCGGAUACGGUUAUCGAAACAACGGAAUCACAUAAUUCAUCGAUAGAGGAAGUUGAGAUUGAUUUUGUCGCAAAAAUUAAGAAAAUAUUAUUCAUCUUAUGGCGUAAAAUUAUUGAAAUUAGAAAUAGAAAUCUUAACGAAGAGAAUGUACCACAAAGUCAUCGUGAAGAUCAAAUUGAACGAGUCAGAUUAUAUCAUGUUUGGCCAGGAAAAAAUGUAUUUUAUUUCAAAGGAUUACUGAUAUGUGGGCCGGAUCCAAGACGGUUGCUAUUAACUACAGUUUCCAUUAGUCUAUCAAGUUUGGUUUUUAUUGUUUAUGUUACAAAGGAUGUACCAAAAAUCAGUUUAUGUGUGUUAUUGACCUUAAUUGUUUUCGCCAACUUAUUGAUGGUUAGUGUGAUUGAUCCUGGAAUUAUUCCUCGAAAUAAUGAAUCACUAUUUCUUGAAUCGACUCAAAAUGGGAGAGUAAGAAGCAAAAGAGUGUUCAUAAAUGGUUCGAAAUUGAAAUUAAAAUAUUGUCGAAUUUGUAAGAUAUAUCGUCCGGCUAGGAGUUGCCAUUGCAUUGUGUGUGACAAUUGUGUCGAUAAAUUUGACCAUCAUUGCCCUUGGAUUGGUCAAUGCAUCGGACUGAGGAAUUAUCGACUUUAUGUGUUGCUACUGGUUAUUGCAAAUGUUUACUUUGUCUACAUAUUUGUUUUUUCAUGUCUAAAGAUUCAACAAAAAGAUGGUGGCAAUGGUUUGAUUGGUUUGGUGAGAGAUUGCCCUGAGACAUUGGUGUUGGCAUGUUUUAGUUUUGUUGGUGCAUGUUUUGUUGGUGGAUUGGCUUGUUAUCAUUUCUAUCUCAUUGCUACAAAUCAGACAGCUUAUGAGAAUUUUAGGCAGCAGUAUGGAAGCACUAAAAAUCCUUUUGAUAAAGGAUUUGUGACUAAUAUUAAGGAGGUUUUAUUUUCACCUUGGACACAUUCAAGGAUCAAUUUUCGUUCUGAAAUGUAGUAGCUUUCAUCAUUUUGAUCAUGUCACACAACCUUCAUAUAUAUAUAUAAUUUGUAUAAUAUCGUCAUUCAGAGUUUUUUCUCACGUAUGAUCAACCAAUUUUAAUUAAAUACUAAUAUGUUUUUAUCAUUAUUCAAUGUGAUACAGAAGAUGAGAUUGUUCCUCUCUUAAUUACUAAGGUUCUCGAUUUAAGUCUUAAGGAUAGAAAACUUUUUUAUUAUGGUCCGUUUCCAUCCGAAAUUAGUAUUAAUUUGUAUACGGAUCUGAUUGUUUCUUUUUGUUUAUGUGAUGAGAAAAUUCCCAUGUUGCAUCACAUGAAUCUUGGCUGUAUAGUCUAUAAUCACCACCAUCCCUCACAUGAUUCUUUAGAUAAUUGGACCAGCUGUAGUUUCUUUUUUUUUUAAUUUUUGUAAUUUAUUUCCUAGGACCCUUUCACCAAACAUAUGAUUUAGUCGACCUGUUAAAUCUUUUAUAAACUCCAUUAAUAAUCCAAAGUAGAAAAUGGUCUACGUACGAUUGUACAUCAAUUGAUCAUGUAUAACUAUACAUAAGAUAUUUAAAAUACGUGUAAUUAAAAAUGAUACAAAGUCUCAAAUACCAUGCACAUUUUUUACCAUUCUAAAAAUGGGAUCGUUGUCCACAAAUUUGGAUUAGUCGAGUUUUGCCCACACUGCGGACAUUGAAUACCGUGUGAAUUGAAUUUCUUUUUUCUUUUUUUAAAAGAAAAUUAGUAGGCUCUUGAAUAAUUUCUUUCAUGGUUGAUAUUGUUAAGAAAAUGAAUAUCGAAUCAAACUCAACCAUCAAAUGCUAGCCUCUGAGUCAUGACGUAAAUUAAAAUCGCUCAAAA